AUGGAUCCAACUCAAUACUGGAGAUUGGUUGGAUCAUUGCGUUACUUGUGCAAUACGCGGCCUGAUUUGGCGUUUAAUGUCGGUAUUGCUAGUAGGUUCAUGGAAAAGCCAAAGGUAUCACACUUGGCAGCGGUUAAGAGGAUCCUUCGUUAUGUGAAAGGUACUCUUGGCUGUGGAAUUUUGUUUCCGACAAGUGACACGGGCAGAAGUUGCAAUUUACUUGGAUACACCGACUCCAAUUGGUGCGAAGAUAAAGACGAUCGAAAAUCAACGGCGGGUUAUGUCUUUAUGUUCGGCGGUGCACCAAUCUCUUGGUGUUCUCGAAAGGAGCCGGUGGUUGCUCUCUCUUCUUGCGAGGUGGAGUAUAUUGCAGCUUCGAUGUGUGCAUGCCAAGCUGUGUGGCUUGUGAAUCUGUUGCAUGAGCUGGACAGCUGCACGAGGGAGGGAGUUUUGUUAUUGGUGGACAACGUUUCAGCCAUCAACCUUGCUAAGAAUCCCAUAGCACAUGGGAGAAGCAAGCACAUUGAGAUGAGGUUCCAUUACUUGCGCAAUUUGGUGAGUUCUGGACAGUUACGUUUAAGCUACUGCAGAAGUGAAGAACAAGUCGCGGACUUGUUGACGAAAUCGGUUACAAACGAUGUUUUCAAGCGACUCGCGGUGAAGUUGGGGAUGAAGAACAUCGAGCAUUUGACUUAA